AUGGUGUACUACCAAGACACGCACGACGCGACACGUACCGAGCAGAUCAUCGGCACGACGACCCACCUCCUCUCGCACCUGACCAACCCUCUGAACCUGGGUGUUCUCACGUCUCAGCUCCUGACGGCCCGGGCCAUCUGGCUGCGGCACGACGGGCUCCGCACCGCCAUCCGCAUCGUCAGCAUCUACAACACGGCCGCCACUCGCGUGCGCAGUGACGAGGCCGCCCGGAUAGCGGGCGACACCGUGUCGACGCGGCCGGGGGACGUGGGAGCCAGCGGCGGGCUGCGGUGCGACGACUGGGUGCGAGCCGUGGUCCAGGGCGCCGACGACAGGUCACGGAGAUGGCAGCACCUGCUCGUCCUGACGGGCGUGCUGAUGGGCAUGGAGGGCGAGGGAGGUUCCGGUGACAACGACGGCAACAGCAACAGUAGCAGGAGGCGAUGGCUGUCGAGGUCCCUGAGGAGCACGCUGGAGAGGGCCGUCGUCACGGCCGCCAACCUCGCCCUCGAGCAGCACGCCGCCGACGGUCCCCUGGCGGGAGCGUCCAUCGUCCUCUCGCUCAACUUCGCCUUCCCUCUCCUGUCCGAGCACCACCGGUCUCGGGUAGACUGCGACGCCCUGCUGCCGCUUGCGGUCGCGUGCCUCACCGGCCCGUCCGAGGGCUUCCGCGACGGCCAGUUCCUCGCGGCCGUGGGGUCCGACGUCUCCGUCGUGCGCCGCGACCCCGGCGCCGCGAUGCUCGACUGGUCGGCCGCGUCGCCGUCGUUCCGCGCCCUCCAGAACAUGGAGUCGCGGCCCCUGAUGGCCAACCUGGGCCCGCUGUCCAAGCUGGUGGGCUUCGCGGCGCAGAACGCGUCCGAUGCGCGCGCCGUCAUCCGCGCCCACGCCUCGCUGCUCAACUUCACGCGGAACGUGGUGGGCGCGUGGCAGCGCACGCCCCUGAGCGACGUCGACCCGGCCCUCGAGGCCGCCCGGCUGACCCCGGACACGCGGCAGACGACGUGGCCCGCCCUGCUGCACACCCUCCGGAGGCUCCUCUUCGCCGUCGUGGCCGUGCUGCAGGCCGUCGUCACCCGCAGCCUCCUCGACGCCGACAUGUGCGCCGACGCCGUGGCCGCCCGGACCGCCGCGGCCUCCCUGCACAUCUUGCGCAACCUGCACUUCAUCGCGUCGCGCGACGGCAACGCCUCCUUCGAGGCCUACGCCUUCGUCUACAUGGCCUCGGUCGACACCAUCUCACGCUUCCCCGCCGCCGCCGAGUCCCUCCUCCACCAGACCUGCCCCUCCGACACACCCUCCCUGCGCGCUCGCCACGUCCAGCAGACCCUCGACCUCUUCCACCUCAACCUGGCCGAGCACCUGCCCCUCACCCUGCCGACGGCCGCGUGCGACGAGCUGGCCAUCAAGCCUGCCCUAUCGUUCCUGUCCUCCUCCUCCUCCUCCCCCUCACAGGAAUGCAACCCCCCGACCCCCUUCGCAACCGAACUAUUCGAGUCCGCACACAGCACCGUCCUCUCGGUCCUCUCGUGCCCCCAGCACAGCCGCCUGACCAUCCGCAUGGCCCCCUUUUACAUCGUCCGCCUCUUCCAGUCCUUCCCCGCGUCCAUAUCACCUCGUCAGUUCCGCCUCGCCUUCAAGACAGUCAUGCAGAUGGUCUCCCCCCCCUUCCCCAUCGCCGCCAUGGAACCCCACAUGUCCGAGACCAUCCUGGAGAUGCUCAUGGCCCAGAUGGCACACGCCUCCACCGCCCCCCUACCUCCAUCUCCAUCACCAUCUCCUUCCUCUUCCUCUUCCUCUUCCCCUGCCGUGAAGGAACCCGUCCUGUCGGAACAGUCCGCCCUGGCCCUCGCCCUGGUCGACUCCAUCCCCUUCCUACCCCUCCCGCUGGUAGAAGAAUGGCUCGCCGUCGCCGCCCACACCAUCUACGACAUCGCCGAUGCCGGCCUGCGCGAGACCGUGCGCGCCCGCUUCUGCGACAUGCUGGUCAGCGGCGAGCUCGAUGUCGACAGGUCGGCCGUCGGUGUCGCCUGGUGGGGCACAAAGGGUGGUCGCGAACUGGUCGUCCACGGACGCGGUGCUGCCGGGGUGAGGCAGACCAUGCCGCCUGUCAUGAGUGGUGCUCUUGGGCCUCUCGACGAGGCCAAACUCUAG